GAGCCAAAGCAACUUGCUUGUUCUGGUUUUCUGAGAGCGGUGGUUCCACGGCGGUGGCAUUAUGUCUGGUCGCGGCAAAGGUGGUAAGGGCUUGGGAAAGGGGGGCGCUAAGCGCCAUCGCAAGGUGCUCCGUGAUAACAUUCAAGGUAUUACGAAGCCGGCUAUUCGUCGUUUGGCGCGCCGUGGUGGCGUAAAGCGUAUUUCUGGCUUGAUCUAUGAAGAAACCCGAGGAGUGCUGAAAGUGUUUUUAGAGAACGUGAUCCGCGAUGCUGUCACUUACACUGAACAUGCCAAGCGAAAGACUGUGACUGCUAUGGACGUAGUUUAUGCUCUGAAACGCCAGGGUCGCACUCUCUACGGCUUCGGGGAGUUGCUGAGAAUGGCCCGGACCAAGCAAACCGCCCGUAAAUCCACCGGUGGCAAAGCCCCCCGUAAGCAGUUGGCCACUAAAGCUGCCCGGAAGAGCGCUCCUGCUACUGGGGGAGUGAAGAAACCCCAUCGCUAUCGACCCGGCACCGUGGCCCUGCGAGAGAUCCGCCGCUACCAGAAAUCUACCGAGCUGCUCAUCCGCAAGCUGCCCUUCCAGCGCCUGGUUCGUGAAAUCGCCCAGGACUUCAAGACCGACUUGCGCUUCCAGAGCUCGGCCGUUAUGGCCCUGCAGGAGGCCAGCGAAGCCUACUUGGUGGGGCUCUUUGAGGACACCAAUCUGUGUGCUAUUCACGCCAAGAGAGUCACCAUCAUGCCCAAAGACAUCCAGUUAGCCCGGCGUAUCCGAGGCGAGAGAGCUUAAAAGUUUACAUCCUCCACCUUUUGGCAACUAGGAAACCAUUACGAAAGAUCCAAAGGCUCUUUUAAGAGCCACCACAUUCACAUUCAAAAGGAGCUGCAACACUCGUCAUUUGUGCACCCUCAAUCGUCAUACAUACAUAAUCAGGUUUAUGUAAAAAACACCUUUGACAGUCAGAAAUUUGUGUAUCAAUAUCCUUUGAAAUCUUACGAUUCUAACUGUAUUGCCUGUAAUGAGAAAAUGUCACUUUAAAUUUCAAAUUACUAAUCAAA